AUGGACACCUUGGCAGGGACCGAGUGGGAUGUGAUUAUUGCAGGGACUGGACUGGCUCAAUCCCUUCUGGCCUUAUCCCUCUCUCGGUCGGGAAAAAAAGUCCUUCAUCUGGAUCAAAACGCAUACUAUGGUGGAUCCGAGGCGGCAUUCAGUCUGGAUGAGGCUCACGAUUGGGUGAACGAUGUGAACCAACGUGGUCCAGGCCGCACUCCAUUCGAAGAAGCCAAAAUUUUCACAUACGAUCAUUCGCAAGACACUGUCGAGCCUCGUCCAAAGUUGGCGGCCAGUCGAGCCUACACCCUCUCCCUCUCGCCUCAUUUCCUCUACACUCGCUCCCAACUGAUAUCUGUCCUGAUAUCCUCCAAGGUCUAUCGCCAGUUGGAGUUCAUGGCUGUAGGAAGCUGGUGGAUUCACUCUCAGGAACCCUCACAGACUGAGAGUGAAGAACUGGGUGCUACGCGAUAUUUCCAUCGUGUACCAGGCAGCCGUGAGGACGUCUUUGCUGAUACACAUAUCAAUAUGAAAUCAAAAAGGGCACUGAUGCGGUUCUUGCGGCACAUCAGUAAGCCAAAGGAUGAUGAGGACAAUAGUGAAGCAGAGGAAGACCUGUCUCUUCCGUUCGGAGAGUACUUGACCAGCAAGUUGGAUGUUCCACAAGACCUUCAGAGUCCCUUGCUCUCUCUUUCGCUUUCGCAGCAAACUCUUCAAAAUACUUCUGCCGCAUAUGCCCUUCCACGAAUCAAGAGGCAUCUUGCAUCUAUUGGUUCCUUGGGACCAGGAUUUGGCUCUGUCAUUUCCAAGUAUGGGGGCGGAUCCGAGAUUCUCCAAGUUGCUUGUCGAGCCUCUGCCGUUGGUGGAGGAGUAUAUGCUCUUGGUACAGGAAUCCAAAGUCUCACUGAUGGUGGGUCGGAAGAGCAAUUCCCUGUAGAAUUGCAACUGUCCAAUGGUGAGUCUGUUAGGGCAAAGUCCGUGGUGGGUUCACAAUGGGAUCUUCCUGUCGCUCAGGCACAGUCGCUGUCCUGCGCUAAAAUUGCACGGUCAAUCACUGUCGUCUCCUCGGACCUCGCGUUUCUUUUCCCCGUCACUACGGAGGGGGGCCCUGUGCCUGUCAGCGCUAUUUUGAUGUUCCCAGGCGAAACAUUAGGCAAUCCACAGUCGCCCCCAGUGUAUCUCCAGGUUCACUCGAGUGACACCGGCGAUUGUCCACGUCAGCAGAGUAUCAUCUACGGCAACGUCUCCGUCCCGGGGCUGGAAGGUCAGACUCUGUUGGAAUGUGCAGUCGACCGACUUCUCCAGGCGGAAGGACCUCACGCCGUUGUUCAUUGGUCUGUGCGAUACAACCAUAUCGGUCAUUUUAGUAACGAUGGCUUACCCCCCACGAUCCAAACACACUCACCUCACGUCUAUAGCUUCCCGCUGCCCAGUCUGGACCUUGCUUUCGAGGAUGAGACUGUUGACAUGGUCAAGCAGGCAUGGUUGAUGGUCGAAGGCAGUGAAACAGACCCUGAUGAUUUUAUGAUCUUUGAUGAUCGAGAAGGCACCUUUGAUGAAUGA